AGCAGGGGAAGGAUAACCGUGAAAACGAACAGUCUUGUGAAUUUCAAAUCCUCUGAGUAACACGGGGUUAUUCUUCCACUAUAUCACCAAGUUUACACAGCUGUAUGGUGGAAAUGAUAAGGAACUCAGACUUUAACUCAACAGGGUCUGAAAGACUAAACGCUACUUGACCAUGUUUUGGUUUUUUUUUCCACCUCGAUUCUACAGAUUUCUUGUUUGUUUUUGGUAUAACUACAUUUCGUUCAGUAAGGACCUUUGCACAUAAUUCUGAAAUUUGCAGUUUAUUAGAUAACGGCACGAACAUUGCGAGCACAAAUCACCAAGACAGCGAAAGUGACAAGAAGUGAAAUUUGAAGCAUUUGAUUUGUCGAUACAUCGCUUGGCGGCAAGAGUGUCAUUUGGUGAAAAUGAAUGAAACGGAGGGUAAGAGCAGCGUGGCUCGUUUGCUCGAUGCUCUUGAGUGUGAGUUAGUAGCAGGCAGUGAGAAAGGAGAUCCCACCGAAAAGCAACUGAAAGUCACAUUGGAAGACGCAAAUCUUUGGCAAAAAUUCAAAGCAGUCACCAACGAAAUGAUUGUCACCAAAAAUGGAAGGCGGAUGUUUCCAGUUUUGAAAAUAAGUGUAUCUGGAUUGGAUCCAAAUGCCAUGUAUUCAUUCCUACUGGACUUUGUUGCUGCUGACAGUCAUCGUUGGAAAUACGUGAAUGGUGAAUGGAUUCCAGCUGGCAAGCCAGAACCCCUGACACAGAGUUGUGUUUACAUCCACCCUGACUCCCCUAACUUUGGGGCACACUGGAUGAAAGCUCCAAUCUCUUUCAGUAAAGUCAAGUUAACAAAUAAAGUCGACACUGGUGGACAGGUAAUUCUAAAUUCUCUGCAUAAGUACAAGCCUCAAAUUCAUAUAGUGCGUGUAGGUGGUCCUCGCAGGAUGGUUUCAAAUCACUCUUUUCCAGAGACCCAGUUCAUUGCAGUGACUGCAUAUCAGAAUGAAGAGGUUACAGCUCUGAAGAUCAAGAACAAUCCUUUUGCAAAAGCAUUCCUGGAUGCCAAAGAAAGGUUUGUCAACACUCAGUGCCUAAAAUCAUCGAGAGAACCAGGACCACAGCUGACCAGGAAUAAUAAAGCAGUUCUUGGACCUGAAGGGAUAUUAUGAGUAUAGACAUGUUUACAUAACUGGAGAGGUCAUUUUUAGCCAUCCUGCUGCAAUCCAGCAUGUAUCCUCCCUUUGCUAUAAUCAUUUGAUCUUCAGAGUCCAUUUCAAUAUCCCAACAAUAGGUUAUUAAUUUCAUAAUCGGUUGUUUCAAACAUUAAGAACAUUUGACCUUGCUUACUUUAAAGCUGCUGUCCACAAAAAAAUUGAAAAAUCUGUUCCCUUUUCUUCCUGCAGAUUCUUCUCAAGAUGAGAGCCUAAAGAAUUGAUGGUUUAAUGCAUGUUGGGUCAAGCAUUGCAUCUGACUGCAUUCUUUUUUUUUCAAACGACGGUUGAUAAUCUGAGUGAUACACAGAUUAUACAGCCUGGGUUUACCUCACAUCAAGUUUGUUUUGAAGGGGAAGCAUUCUAUCAGACAAAUGGCCCUACAUGGUACAAAAUUAAUUUGGGAAAAAUAGGAGGGCAGGCUUUGGUUAUAUGCUCAUCAUGGCCUAUUACUACUCUUCCACUACUUGUUGCUGGAGCACACCAAACGUCCUUGUAAAUAACCUUUUGUUUCUGUUUCUUGUUCAUUCUCU